AUGGCCGAAACCGCCGGGCUAGUGGGCGUGGGCCUUCAACUAGGGAAAACCGCUCUUGAAUUAUACGAUCUGUUCUCGGAUGCGCAGAGCUUCGGCUCCGAUUAUAGUGAUUGCUUAUGGCAGAUCGAAAACGAGCAACAUAGGUUGAAGAGGUGGGAAGAAUUUUGGAGUACGGGCGGUGGAACUUUGGACCCGAAUGAUGAUUCUUAUCGUCAUGCUGUUGAAACAUUGGCCCGUAUUGUUGCCCUGUUUGCGGAUGCGGAUAGUCUAAACUCAAAAUAUGGUAUUAAAGCUUCAACCCGAAAAAGGCACAGGAUAUCUGAACUUUUCCGAAGAAAACCUAGCUCGCCGAUAGCCCUGGGUUCAAAUGCUAUCAAAACCCCCCAGAGCUCGACAAGGCUUUUAAAUAAAAACUUCGUCCCGGAUCUUGACGACGAAAUCGCCCGAAUUGAGGAUGCAACAAAGAAGCUACAACAGAUGUUGCCAGUAUAUAGGAAGCUGAAAUGGGCUAUAGCGGAUAAGGCAAAGUUCACGGAGCUGGGUAAACAAUUAAAAAGAUAUAAUGAUGGAUUGUACGGAGUUCUUCCUCCACAACAAACCGGACGACCCACUCCCCCAGCCAUUCCAAUCUUUCAGAAGUUCAAUAUUCCCAUUCAAUUACUGGUAAAAAGGAACAAUAAAUUCGUUGGAAGAGUGGACUUACUUGAUAAAUUACAUAAAAUCCUGGAUCCAUCACAAAGCCAAAACCAACGGACUCGCCGAGUUGCAGUCCUUCACGGCCUCGGUGGUAUGGGGAAAACUCAAAUUGUCACUGAGUACGCAUACCGAAAUUCACCUUCAUAUACAUCAAUCUUUUGGGUUGAUGCUACAAGCAAAGCUACUUUAGCACAUAGUUCUCUGGAUAUAAUGGAGCAAAUAAUUUUUCAUUAUCGAUCCAAAUGGCAUGAUUCCGCUCCGGAUUUUGUCGAGAUAGGGGAUAUGCUAGGAUUGCCUGGUCUUAUCAAAUCAACUGGUGAGAUAAAUGAGAAAUGUCCACCGGAACUCGUGGCUAGGGCGGUCAAGAAGUGGUUGUUAAGUUCGGAAAAUGACAAGUGGUUGGUUGUUUUUGAUAAUCACGACGAUUUCGAAUCUGUCAAGAUGUUAGAUUUCUUUCCUUCCUGUGACUUUGGGAGCAUUAUAGUCAGUACACGGAGGCCAGAGGUUGCAAGGUUUGGUGUUGGGAUUGAAAUAGGUGGGAUCGAGAAGAUGUCUGGAAUUUCGAUACUGCUAUCUAGUGCUGGCAAGGAUCCGGAGCUUUCGUGCGGUCCAGACUACGAAGAAGCGUCAAGGAUAGCAGAAAGACUGGGCUAUCUUCCAUUGGCCCUAGAUCAGGCCGGAAGUUAUAUAUCAGCAAUGGCUAUUGAAUUUUCUGAGUAUAUACCGCUAUUCAACACAAAUUUCAGGAAACUAGCUUCAGCCAAUGAUCCACAAUUAUCUGAAAUGUACAGAAAUGAUACCCUGUUCACCACAUGGAAGAUCUCAUUCGACCGCCUUCCACCUUCUGCAUCCAAUUUAUUAGCAUUAUGCGCAUUCCUUGUAAACGGAAACCAAGAAGUACCCCAGGAAAUAUUCGAUAGAGCAAAAGGGUUUGUUUCAUGGUUCCCUACAGAAAGCGACUUUGUCGAUAUUGGAAUCAAAUCCCUUCUUUCAUUCUCUAUGACAAAGCGGAGAACUUAUCAAAACGAGAAAAGUCUUUGCUUUCAUCCUCUCAUCCUUGAGUGGACACGCGAUAACCUCGGCCUGUGGGAAGAGCGGGCCUUCAUUAUGAGAGUCAUCGCUCUGUUAGCAGGAUGUAUCCGCUCUACAAAUAGUGGAGUAAUAAAGAAUGGUUCUGCGCCUAAUGCAGAGUUUGAGCGUGGAGUCUUCACGUACAUCGAUGUUGUCGUCCGCCACUUGCGAAGGCUUCCCGCUCCAAGUAUGAUGGUUUUGGAAGUAGAAUUUGCGAAUGCCUUGGUUGAAACAGGGAUCUUCCUGGUGAACUAUUCUAGAUAUACGGAGGCGGAGGAGAUACUCCAAAAGUCACUGGAGUUCCAUGAGGAGAUAGCGAAUCACGAGUCAAUGAUUUAUCAACGAGAUUAUCAUCGCGCUCUUUCGAAUUUAGGAUGGAUAUACUACACAAAACAACACUUCGAGGAGUCAAUAGGGUUCUUAGAGCGAGCUUUAUCUGGUGAGGAACACAUGUUUGGAAAGGAUACGCUUGAAACGGUAGAGACUAUGGGAAGAAUGUCGAUAGUCCUCAAUGCUCAAAUGAAUCACGAUUCAGCGUUAGUGAUGCAGGAAAGGGUUAUAGCCUGUUAUGAGAGGUUUCGAGGGGACGAGCAUCCCGAAACCCUAAAUGCCAUGCAACUCAAGGGGGAACUCCUUGGACGCAAUGGAAAUUUUGAGGCGGUAGAGUUACUUCAGAGGACCCUAGCUGGGCAGGAGAAGACUCUUGGGAAGAGCCACUCAUCGACCCUGCGUACAAUCAAAUCUCUCGCUUUAGCCAUCCAAAUGCAAGGCCCAGAAAAGAGUCCUAUUGCGCUAGAGUUAUAUAAAGGUGUCUUAGCAACUCAAGAGGAAACAUUUGGACCACAACAUCCAGAAACCAUAAAUACAGUCUACGCCAUGGCGUUCAGCUAUCGCAAUAAUGACCAACAGGAGGAGGCAUUGAAAUCAUAUAAGCGGGUGUUGGAGGGCUGGAAAAAGGAGUUUGGAAUCGAACACCCUGAUACCUUGGGUGCAAUUCAGGGGGUUGCGGAAAUAUACCAAACACAGCAAAGAUAUCAGGAGGCUUUGGAAUUACACCAACAGGCCCUAGUUGCAAAAGAAGCGGUUUUUGGGACAGAAAGUACUAAUACAUGCGUUACACUCAACGGAAUUAGUCAAUGCCUUCACGACUUGGGGAGGUAUGCGGACGCUGCACAUUGGUAUAAACGAGUACUGGCUAUUCAGGAACGGGCGCUAGGAGACGAUAAUUUAGAAACAUUGAGAACCAUUCGGUGUUUAGUGCACUCUUUGCAUGAGGAUGGAAAACGGGAGGAGUCGUUUGCAUUGCUUGAACGAAUUCUACAUAUCCAGGAAAAAUCACUUGGAAAGAAUCAUCCGGAAACCUUAUUUACAAGAUAUGAAAUGGCUCACAAUGUUGCAUCUCGAGGAGGACAUCAGGAGGCGCUAGAUCAAUGGGAGAAUAUCUUAGCUGUACAAGAGGAUAUUCUCACAAAGGAUCACCCACAUGUCCUAUCCAGUGUUGCCAGCAUAGCAUCGGGGAUGGCACAACUCAGAAGAUACCAAGAAGCGUUUGAAUUUUUCAAGAGAGCGUUAGCAGGACAAGAGAAGGUCUACGGACCAAACGACUCGAUACCACUACGCACCUUAUGGUCCCUAGGAACCGCCAAACACGAUUAUGGGGAUAUUGAAGAGGCAUUAGAGCUAAUCCAACGGUCUUUGACAGGCCUGGAGAAAAUAUUAGGAAAAGAACACCCUGAUAUUUUGGUUAUCGUCGCCAGCCUUGCUUCAUUAUUGAACGAUAAAGGACAGUAUCAGGAGGCAGCAGAACUAUAUAAACGUGGAGGCCAAGCUUCAAUAGCAGUAUUUAUAAAGAAAAUCCUCCAAUUAGACAGGACAGGACAGAACGGGCGGACUGGAUUGAACUGGGCAGGAAAUUAA